UAUCAUUAAAAUUUAUCAGUAAAAAAAUAAAAAGGAGUCGUUAAUAUAUGUGCCUAAGUAUAAGCUGAUGAUUAACCACAAAAUCAUAAUACUUGAAGUAAAAAAAAAAAAAAAGAAACUGGAUUGACAUAAGCCUUUCACUUUUGCAAAUGAAGAAUAAAGAAAAUAGAUUAUUCAAGUUAAGUAGCAAGAAAGAAAGAAAAUCACCAAUGAUGUAUCAUGUCAUUCAGCUAAAGGAAAUUGUAGAAAUAGUCAGUGGUAUCACAUGAUGAUGCUGAUAAUGAUUUGAUGAUUGUAUUAAAAAAUAUGUGUAUAUAUAGAAUCAUGCAAGUUGGCCCAGAGAAAACAGUCACGAGGUUGUUAGAAAGUAUUUUUUUUUAUUUCUUUAAUAAUAAUUAUAAAAACAUGUAUGAAAGGAGAAGUUGGGAGGAACUUGACGAGGAAUAUUGGACGUGGGUUAGUCAACAGUAUAGCUAACUGUUCAUAGCCGGAUGUCAUAUAGCAUUUCUGGGUCUUCACAUUGUUUAAAAAAAAAAAUUAAAAAAAAAUAAUAUUAUAACAAAUGAAUAAUUUAUAUCAUCAUCAUCAUCAUCAUCAAAUACAUAGUAUCUUAUCAAAAUAUUAGUUGAUAAGUUGAGGUCAAAAGUUAAAAUAUCAACUGUUAUUUAUCCUUGAUGUAAUUUAAAAGAAAAUAAUACUAUCAUCAUGGAGAUCAAGAAGAGAGUGGUAAAAGUUGUUGAUGAAAAUAUAAAUAAUAAUAAUGGAGAAAGUAAUGAUAAUGUUUUUAAUAAUUCAAAUGUUGUUUCUGUUGUAUUUCGAUCAUUGAUACUUGAUUUACUUGCAUUUACAAUGAUUUUACCAUUACUACCAGCAUUAUUAGAUCAUUAUAAAAAUGUUGAUGAUGAACGUGGUCUUUAUACAUUUAUUCAAAAACAAAUUAAUGGAAUACAAAGUUAUCUAAAUGCACCUGAUAGAUUUAGCUCUGUUUUAUUUGGAGGUUUUCUUGGUUCAAUGUAUUCAUUUCUACAAUUUUUGGGAAUGCCAAUUGUCGGUGCAUUGUCUGAUGUUUAUGGAAGAAAAUUAAUGAUGAUUAUUUGUCUUUGUGGUAUUUCAUUGUCAUAUCUUCUUUGGGGAUUAUCACAUAAUUUUGGUAUAUUUGUUUUAUCAAGAUUUAUUGGUGGUAUUAGCAAAGGUAAUAUAAGUUUAUCAAUGGCUAUUAUCAGUGAUGUUACAGAGCCAAAAACAAGAGGAAAAUCAAUGGCACUUGUUGGAAUUGCUUUUUCUAUUGGAUUUAUUAUUGGCCCAAUGAUUGGUGUUAUAUUUUCAAAAAUAUCUGGUGAACAUAAAGACACAUAUUGGUAUACUUAUCCAGCACUUUUUGCAUUUUUUUUAUCACUCAGUGAUUUGAUAUACGUUAUUUAUUGCCUCGAAGAAACUCUUCCUGUUAAACGACGUGCUAAAUCACUAGCAUGUGGUAUAUCUGGUGCAAUGAUUUACAUAAAUCCAGUUGAUUUAUUUCAAUUCAAUGGAGUAACUGGUCUUGAUAAAAAUGAAUUAAAAUGUCUAAGAACACUUGGACGUUCUUAUUUUUUAUAUCUAUUUGUAUACAGUGGAUUAGAAUUUACAUUGACAUUUUUAACUCAUCAUGCAUUUGGUUUUACAAGUAUGGAACAAGGCUAUAUGUUUUUAGCAAUUGGAUUUACAAUGUCAAUUAUACAAGGUGGUUUUGUACGACGAAUACCUCAAAAUAAAACAAAAUUUUAUGCUCAAUUGGGACUGUGGAUGAUAAUACCAGCAUUUGUUUUCAUAGGAAUUGCAUUUACAAUUAAAUUGUUAUACAUUGGAGUAUUUAUAUUUUCAGUUUCAACUGCAAUGGCUGUUACUUGUAUGAUGACAUUGGUAACAAGUAUUGGACCUGAAAAUCAAAAAGGAACAAUAACUGGUAUAUUCAGAUCACUGGGUGCAUUGGCACGUGCAUGUGGACCAAUUAUUGCUUCACUAGCAUUUUGGAGCAUUGGAAGUACAACGACGUAUCUGAUUGGAGCAAUAGUUCUCAUUGUGCCACCCUUAAUCCUCCAGAGGGUGGAUACCAAUUUGAAUAAAUAAAUCCUUUUCUACAUUUAUAUCAUUAAAAAAUCUGAUGAAAUGUAUAAAUUAUUAUCCCAGUAAUCCGUACUUUUUCCAGUUUAUAUUUAUUUUUAAAAAAUAAACUUAAUAAUUAUUAUCAAAGGGAUAGUAAUGAAUGAAGGCAAAUAUUAGAUUUAUUAUAUAAAUAUUUUAUGUAUACAAAAAUUUUAUAUUCUCUUUGAUAAAAAUUUAUAUCUACAUUGUUUUUUUUUCAUGUAUUUUUAAUAUUUUUUUACAUAUAAAUAAAUUUAUUAAAA